AAAUAAACAGGUAAAUUUUACACCUGGUUACAUUUAAAUCACUUAGACACGUGACAUGUGACUCAAUAUCUAUUUAUCGUAAGGGGAAAACCAGUUUAAUAGCUCUUGUUAUCAAGUAAUUUAUUUGCAUAUUCAUUCAUGGAUUUAGGCAUUGCGCGCUUAGAGACUAUGUAAUCGAGUCUUGUAGAAUGCAGACUACUAUAUCUCCACCCACCGUCUAAAACCUGACAGUAUAAAUAUUAAUUCGUUCAUCCUCUGAUGUAAAAUAUCAUCUGUAGACGCCGAUACAAGUAAUUCAAAGUACAGUUAUUCCAGGUAAUGAUGUCAUUAUUAUUUAAACACGAUAGGAAUAAAGAAAUCUUCUUUAAAUCUAGUUUAAUAUAUGUAUUAUAUUAAACUAUUACACAUCCUGUAUGGAACAACAGCUAGUAAUUAAUAUAAGAAGCAUUAAAGAUUAUUAUCGUUAUCAAUAUGGUGAUGUGACAGUAUCCCAGCUUCAACCAAAUAAAUUAGUAGCUGUUUUUCCAUAAGUAUGUUUUCCGACGUGGUUUCCCCUUGUCAGUGGUACAGAACGGGGAGCCUGACAAGGAGAGCUGUCUAGUCGUUCGGAUGGGACGAAAACCCGAGGUCCCUUGUAUACAUUGGCAUGCACGUAAAAGAUCCCUUGGCAGUUGGAAUUCGGUAUAAGAGUAGACCAUAGUGCCGCUAUACGGCAAAAUUUACCUCAUAGCCUACUGUUUGGCGUAUGCCAUGUUCAUUAGCUCAGUCGGGGCAGAACAGUAGGGUAUGAGUGUUAUAUUGCUGUAUUCAGUUACUAAAUAUAGUAGUAGCUGUUUUUCAAUAAGUAUGUGUUAUAUUUGAUUGCUCUAUCCAGUUACUUAAUACCUCUAAAAUAAUAUUAUUGUAUUAAUAUGGUUGUACAAUUGGAGCUUUUAUUAUCAUAACAUAUCAAUAAAUAUUAUCUUCUUUCAAUUAAUUUUAUGAAAUAAACAUAUAUUUUAUGUUGAUAUUGCCCCACGAUUAGUAAGCACUUUUAUUGUUAUAAGCUUUUGUAAAACGGUGUGGGGCGAAUUAUCAGAGUAUUUUUGUUUUUGAUUUUCUUUUCGUUGUUUUGUAAUUGGGGUGGGUGAGGGAGCAGUUUGGUUAUGGGUGAGUUUGACGUUGGCACCAAUUGUUGUCAUUUGAUUUAUGUGUACAACAUUUAAACUGGACAGACUAAAUCCUUCUUGUUCAAUAUUUGAGGCCAUAUAUAAAUCUUUGUAUAUUCCUCGGCACUAGGAAUUCGAAGAAAUCUUGUGUUCCUGACCAAUUUCUCCCAUUAAUAUUUAUUAUUUAAUGAUACAAAGACAGAAUAAAAUGGAGAUCGAGUUUCAAUCCGUUUAAAUCUCCGCCAUCCGAUGUUCUAGAGAAUGGGUUGAUCACAGGCUUGCCAUGUGAAUACAUGUCUAAAUAAUAAUUUUUAUAACUUUUGAAGCUAAUAUAAAGACCUGUAAUAAACAGAUUUAACUCCAACAUAAUGCAUCUUUAAAUAUAGAAAUCGGGUUUGCCGGCACGUGUCUAUAUAUAUAAGCCUGGAUUUUCCAGUUAAAAAUAGACCUGACGUGUUGUUUGUUAAGGGGAUGGACAGGGUUAGUAGAACGAGGAAUAGCUGAACAAUUGUUUAACAGAUCAAGACAAGAUAAAUACUAAUAUAUAGCAACCAAUCAUUUUAUUAUACCAACCCCUGAUACAACUAGGAAGUAAAUUAAACUGUAACGUCGCCAUUAAAUUGUUGAAAUAAAAGACUCUAUAGAGAGGAUUAUUAUCAUAUUGAAGCCUGUGUCAAUAAAUUUCAGAUAACCAGAUAAUCAUGGCGUACUCGCAGGAAGCGACAAGCAAGAAGAGAAGUAAACAAGGUCGCAUGGCCAGAGAUGACAUGGCAGAAAUGAAUAUACCACAAAAGGUAGAAUACCAAGAGAGCUCACCCAAUGCUGAGAGGAGAAACGUUAUACCUAGAAGAGAGAAGGGGAAGAUGUUACCUGAAGAUGAACAUAGGAUAAUAUCUAACUAUGUGUAUUUAAUCGAGAAUCUGAGACCUCUACAACCAUUAUUAGACAGUUUAACUGAAAAAUUUGUACUAAAUGAAGAUGACUUGGAAGUAAUCAACAGAGCGAAAUCUGAGGGUACCAAGGCAAUGAUACGUAAAUUUCUAGAUACUCUUCGGACUUGUGGUACAAAUGCAUAUUCUAAAUUCAUCCACUGUUUAAAUAAAUUAGAAUAUAGAGCAGUAGCCGAACAAUUAGCAUCAGAUACUUAUGAUACAUAUGAUCACUCACUAAUAGAUGAAGAAAGCAAAGGGCUGACAAUUCCAGUAAAUAGAACAUGUAAAAUCACCAAUUUACCGGAUGCUGUAGCAAUAGAAGGACGUAAAGGGCUUAUAUUUACUGUAACUGGUGAAACAUCCAUUAAUCAACCACUCAAAUUUAAAUCGAGUUGGCAUCCCGAAGAAGCUGAACAAUAUUUCAUUCUCUAUCCUGAACACAAUGAAUUACGUGUACAUGUUACGUCAGAUCCUGUGUUUACCUGUAAUUGUGUGACUCUAACAGUUACAGUUAAUGACGGAAUGAGUGAUUCACUUCCAGCUAACCUAGAAAUUGUCAAAGCGGAAGUGCGUGUAAUAUUAAUUGGGAAAACUGGUGUUGGUAAAAGUGCCCUGGGGAAUAGUAUAUUGGAUUUAUCAAAAGAUACUAGAUUUAAAUCUGAAUCAAGCGCUGCCUCGGUUACACGGUUUAACUCAUGCAAACAUCGUGUCAGAGAGGUAGACGGUGAAAAGUAUCUUUUCAAGAUACUUGAUACUCCGGGGUUAUCUGAUACCAAAAUUUCACACCAAGACGUAGCAAUGGAGCUUGCCAAAAGUAUAGAUGGUCUGGCACCAGGACCCCAUAUAUUUUCGUUUGUGUUACCUAUUGGUAGGAUUGAUAGACAUGUUUUGGAAACCAUAGAACAAUACACAGAUUUAUUUGGGGAGUGCCUAAAAACAUAUGGAGUGAUUAUUUUUACAAAAAAAGAUGCACUUCAAAAAAGGUCAUUUACAGAAUAUUAUAAAGAUGCAAAUCCAGAAUUUAAAGAAUUCCUGGAAGAUUACUGUGAUAAUCGACAUUCUCUUAUCAACAACGAAAACCCUCAGCCUGAUGAUGUUCAUGGUAUUUUAAGACUCUUGCUGGAAACAAAAAGAAACAAUAACGGCGACCACUACAGAAAUACAAUGUUCGAGGAAGCUAAGAAGUUAUACCAAGACAAGCUCCAGAAGAUAGAAGAAGAGAAAACUAAAGUAGAGCGGGAACUUAAACAACACCUUGAGCUGCAAGAAAGAGAUUUUAAACAACAACUCAAGCUGAAAGAAAGAGAACUCAAACAACAACUCCAGCUGAAAGAAGAAAAUGAGGAGACAUUUAAGGAGCGAGAGAAGGAAUUUAAGGCGCGGGAGAAGAAAUUUGACCAAAGAGAAACUGAGCUGGAGAAGAAAUUUGACCAAAGUGAAAAGGAGCGUAAAGCAUUGCGGGAAGAACUCAAGAAGUGGAAGCCAUCGGAUCAAGAUAAAGAUGUCAACUCUGUGACAGAUCAACAACCACAAAUCGCCAAAGUGACUCAUGCUGAUCCACCAGGACAAGAGAUAGAUUUGAAGACUGCGACAGAUUCACAACAACAAAUCUCUGAAGUGGAAAAAUUAAAACAGACGGUAGAUAUUCGAAACAUAGAUUUCGUAAAGCUAUGUAAUCUUCUUUUACAAGAUGGCUAUUUGAAUGAAAAAGACAAAGAGGAUAUAGUUUCAUCAGAAGCCUCAAUCAAUACAAUGGAUACACUAAUGGAUAUAUUACAUAAAACAAACAACAACAAGGCCUACAUCAUUGUUAUUAACCAUUUAAAGAGUGGAACUACCAUGGAAACCACGAACACAACACAAGAUGACCCUAGACAUGAUACAAUGGUACAGACAGAUCAAAGUGACAGAAUAAAAACAGAAACAGACACUGAAAAUAAAGCGAAUACCAAUAUUGAAGAAGCGGCUAAACCCGAUAUAUCUGAUACGGAUGAUACAGAUCACUUACUAAUAGAUGAAGAAAGCAAAGGGAUGACAAUUCCAGAUACUGAUGAAGAAAGCAAAGGGAUGACAAUUCCAGAUGAUGUUAAAUAUAGUCAGACAUCUAUACAAAACAAUAUGGCCACCACCAUCACAUCAACAACUCCAUUAUUAAACCAACCAUUUGUUACACAAGAUGUAAAAACAACUAACUAUAAUAAAACAACCGACAACAAUAAAAUGGACUGGGAAUCAAUACGUAGAACUUGUGAACAUGGUACACUUGAUGAUGUCAAAACUUUAAUACAUCAAAAUAUCGAUUUAAAUAUUCCUGACGAUUUUAAUCAGACACCAGUAUUUUAUUGUGUGUUGUCUGACAAACAGUCGUUAGAUAAGAUACAAUUACUCUUCUCUGCCGGUGCCAUGUUACAUGUUAAGAAUCGUUAUGGUAGUAGUUUAUUACACUAUGCGUGUCGGUGGGGUACAAAAGACUGUGUAAAAUAUUUAUUGGAACAAGGACUUGAUACAAAUGAUAGGAAUGAUGCUAAUAUGACACCAGUAUUUUAUUGUGUGAUGUCUGACAAACAGUCGUUAGAUAAGAUACAGUUACUCUUCUCUGCCGGUGCCAUGUUACAUGUUAAGGGUUAUAAAGGUAAUAGUUUAUUACACUAUGCGUGUGAGUGGGGUACAAUAGACUGUGUAAAAUAUUUAUUGGAACAAGGACUUGAUAAAAAUGAUAGGAAUGAUGCUAAUAUGACACCAGUAUUUGAGUGUGUGUUGUCUGACAAACAGCCGUUAGAUAAGAUACAGUUACUCUUCUCUGCUGGUGCCAUGUUACAUGUUAAGAGUGAUUAUGGUAGUUUAUUAGAAUAUGCUCGUCGGUGGCGUAGAAAAGGAUGUGUAUCAUAUUUACGUGAAUUAGGCCUUGAUGAAUAGAAUAUAAAUGUCAAGUGUCGUGAUUAUGGUAGUUUAUUAGACUGGACUCGUCGGUGGCGUAAAUCAAAAUGUGUAUCAUAUUUAUGUUAAAUAGGCCUUGAUAAAUAGAAUAUAAAUAAUCAUACAACAUCUUUAUUUUACUUGUUAAUAAUUCUGUUAGAACUAAAUGAUGAAGAUGUUUUAUUUUGAUGUAAAUUUAAAGAUUUGUUAUAAACCAUUUUCUGUCAAUCAACAACAUUCUGUACACAGACUGGCUACCUGUCAGCCAUUAAAACUAGUAACACGUCAUUACAAGUUUUUACAUCGUCAUUGGUUAUUACGUCACAAGUCAAUAGGUCACGUUAAAUCUAUUUAUAAACAAAUUGAAAGUAGUAUUACCAGGUUGAAUAACAGGAAUAGAAAAUCAACUGAUGUGAUGUUUUGGUGGUCAUCAAAGUCAACUUUAACCCAAUAUUGUUUUAAAUAACAACACAAUGAAUUAUAUUAACCAAGAGAUAUGAUUGGAGAGGAAUAGAAUAAUAUUUGAAAUGAUGUUGAAAGAAUAUAUUUACUAUAGAAGAGCUGCUGUAUUCGAACAUAAACCGUCAUUAAAAGUUGUUUGUGAUUAUUUGAUACGUGAUUGUGUCAAGAGAUAUCCACUAGAAAACUGUCCACUGUUUUAGCUGAAGAUCCUGAGAAUCAAUUGAAAGGUCGUAAAAAUCAGAUAGAGAGAGUUUAUUGUGGUCAUCUGUUUCAUAAUGGUUGUUUAGAUACGUACAUGAAAACACCUUCAUUUAUAGGAGGUAAAAAAUGUCCUUCCUGUGAUAAACGAAUGAAAAAUGGAAAGUGUCAGCUGAAGUAAUGGAGAAUAGAUGUGCACAUAAACAAGCUAAACAAAGAGAACUAGAAGAAGUUGUAGAUUUCUUUAAAAAAUUGAAAUAAUUUAAAAUAUACCUCUACUUUUGUAGAUAAACAUACCAAAUAUGUAUAUUCCACAAUCUUGGCUUCAAAUUUACAAAAAUAUUUAUUUACAUUGUAUUCAAUGUCUGACAUUUGAGAUAUUGAGGAAUCCUUUACAAACUACAAUAUUGUAAAAAUUGAAUCUCUGGGAGGCGUGUCAGUAUAAAAAUAUUCUGUUGAGUAUUUUACAAAGAUAUGAUAAAUUAAAAACGUGUCAAUAUUCGGAAUCUUCUACAGAUGAUAUAAAUGGGGUAUGAUCAAAAGUCAAGGCCACCUGUAAUCUUCUGUUUUAUCCGACUUGGGAGAUUUUCUACCGUUAAUUUUUCUUUCUUAAAUAUGCAAUAUAUUGUAAUAUAUAGAAUCCGGUCUUUUAUAUAGGCCUAUUGUAAUAUUUGAUAUAAAACUUACAAGUUCUACUUACUUGUUAGCCUCCAUCUUGUGUCACGUCCAUCUUAGCACCGACUUCUCAGAUUGUUACAUAUAUUUCUAUUUGAUCAUUGUUAACACUAGUAUUUCAUCUCCUGUUUUAACUUGUUUUAAUUAUGACAAAGUGAGAAGAUGACCAGCCCUCUCUUCUCUUCUCACGACAGCGAUGUUAAAACUGUGUUUUAAAGUGACUUUUAGAUAUACAAGAACUUUUUAUUAUUUAGUGUUUUUACCUAUUUUCUAUAUAUUACUCAUUCAGAUGUAAAUAACUUAAUUAAAUCAACCUGUCCAUAAUAUCGUGCAAUAAACAACAACAACGCCCUAAGGGCAGAUAACUGUUCGUUGUAUUAAUAUGUAACCAAGAGAUAAAACCGAAACUUUUUAACAACUACCGUAUAUUCACAACCUUUUAACUAAUUAGAAAGGUGAGAAUCGUGGUCGUGAUGGAACUUGGUCAUACAUGUUAAUGUUACAAAUGUCAUCAUUAAUCGGCAGAAUAUGCCGCCAUUAUCACCGGGUUAACCAAUGUGCGACGUCAAGGACGUUAAGGGUUUGUGAACGUUAUCUCCCAUAUUUAAUAUAUUAUAGAAUGAUUUACUAACUGUAUUUUAUUGUUAUUCAUGUCAUGACAUAACCUUGAAUUAAAGGAACGGGCAUAUUGAACGUAUUAUUAGUCUUAGUCGUUAGACAUUGAAGGAGGAAAACAACAGAAUAUAAGACGCCAGCUCGGAGAUCCUGACAAGUCCAGCUAUUUGGCUAUCCCACUCUCCCAUCCCCACAUUUAUUUUAUAGUAGACAUCGAUACGGACAGGGUGUCGAUAACCUUACAAUAUAAGAUUUAGAUAAAGAGCUGACAGUUCUUGCUAUAAUAGUUCUUGUUGCUUAUGGUGGGCCUAUAGGAGGCGUGAUUCAAGCUCCUGUCUGUUUUAAAAAUAUUUUUUAUAAUUCUUAUACUCAUCUCAUAAAUUAUAAAUAUUAUUUAUUAGUUAAUAAACAAUGUAAUAUUGUU